AUGUUAGAGCAAGAUACAGUGGUCGAAGAAAAAACUAGUUUUGAAACAACCACAACGACAAAUACAGAAGAUACAAUACGAACAACAACCGAUAAUGUAAAUGCAGCAACAACAGCUUUAGAUAAUAAUGAUAUAAAUAAUAGUAAUACAGGAAGUGGUAACAGUAAAAAUAUUGUUGAAAAAGUAGAGCAAUUAGAAAGAGUAAUAAACAAUAGUAAUAAUGAUAAUAAUAGCAAUAAUAGUAGCGAAUCAACUGAUGUCACAUUCACCGAUAUAGAUAAAAACAGUACUAAUACAGACUCUGAUAACGAAACUUUUUAUACAACAACAACCUUCGAGAUAAAUAAACAAUCAAAAACCUUCGAAACAAGUGAGGAAUCAACCACCAAAAUUUCCAUAAUUAAUAAUAAAAAUAGCGAUGAUGACACAAUAAUAAACGAUAAUAAAAAUAAUGAAAAUAAUGAAAAUAAUGAAAACAAUAAUAAUAGUAAUAGUAAUAAAGAUAAUAAUAUAGAUAAUAGUAUAAAUAAUGAUGAUAAUAAUAAUAAUGAUAAUAAUAAUAAUAAUAAUAUAGAGGAGGUUGAGGAAGAGUCCAAAAUAAAUAAAAAUAACAAAAAGGAUAAUAAAUCAGCACCUAGAAGAAAACGUAGCUCACUUUCUGUUCUCCAAGGUGAUAUGGACAUAAAUUUAGAUUCAACAAAUACAUCAAUAAGAAAAACUAGAGGCACCAGAAACUUAAAUAAUAAUAUUUCAAAUAGUAGUAACAGUAAUAAUAUAAAUAAUAUAAAUAAUGGCAAUGUUAAUAGUAAUAAUAUAGAUAGUAAAAAAGAUUCAGAGGAAUUUAUGUUAACACCAGAACAAGCAAAAGAAUUAUCAAGUAAAAGUAAAAAAUGGGUUUAUGUACCAAUUAUAGAAGAGCCAAAGAAAGAGGAACCAAAGGUUGACGAGCCACCAAAAAGAGUAAGAAUAAAUGUUUAUAAUGAAAAUUUAAUAUUUGCAUCAUCAACAAGAAAAUCAGCAGCACAAAAUACAAAAGAAGAACAAUUAACCGAAAAAAUACCAACUAAUAUAAUAAAAAUAAAUACAGUUCCAAUAUCAAAAAAAGAUGCUGCAAAAUCACCAAAAGUUAUUACUAUAGUUUCAAAGAAACCAACUCCACCUUCACCAGUUGUUAUUCCUCAACCUACACCAACCACAAAUAAAAAAUCAGCAGCUCAUAAAAGAAAAUCGACAUCAACAACAGAGGCACCAGAGGUUACUAUUACUUCACCAUCAACCGAAUCAGCAACAAUCCAAGAGUUACAACAAUCAAUUUCAAUGUUACAGGAUCAAUUAAGAUUAAUUAGUAGCUCAAAUAAUAUAAAUUUAAAUAAUAGCACAAAUAAUACAGUUAAUAAUGAUACAAAUACAAGUACAAAUACUACUACAAAUAUAAACACUACAAAUACAAAUAAGAGUAAAUCUAAAACUACAUCAACUACAACCACCAUAACCACAGCUAGUAGUACCACUUUGGCACCACCAUCAACAGAAAGAAAAUACUCAAGUUUAUACAGCGAUGAUGAAGAUGAUAUUGAAAUGGAGGAUACUCAAGAAACAAAAGAAGAAGAAGAACAGCCAUCCGAGACAUCAAAAGAAACUAUUACUAUAGUAGCAGCUAAUAAAUCUUCGUCUUCAAAAAAAAGAAAGUCAGCAGGUUCAUCUUCAACACCAUCAAAUAAUAAUAGUAAUAAUAAUAAUAGCAUCGAAAACAAUAUAGAAUCAUCAAGUGAAACCACAACUGCUGAACCAAAAACUAAACCACAAAAGAAACCAAGGCAAUCAAUACAACCAACUACACCAAUUUUCCCAAGGAUUCCAAUUGGUGGCACAAGUGAAAGAGCUCAAAGAUCCUCAAAGGGCAGAAGAAGAAUUUUAAUGGAUGUUGUAUUAUCACCAGUAUUCAAGAGAUGCUCUGAUCUUUUAGAUGAACUUAUGGAACACCCACAAGCUGGACCAUUCCUCGUUCCUGUUGACCCAUAUGCUUUGGGUAUUUUGGAUUACUUUAACUUCAUCAAACGUCCAAUGGAUUUUGGCACAAUCAAAAAUUCAAUAGUUGGUGGUGUUUAUCACACUAUUGAUGAAUUUGCUGAAGAUGUUCGAUUAGUAUUUAGUAAUGCCAAAGCCUAUAAUCCACCAGCAAAUCUUGUACAUAUAAUGGCUAAAACUCUCGAAGACCUCUUUGAAGAAAAAUUCCCUCAAGUUAUUGAAGAGCCUGAUGAAUCUGACGAAACACAAGAUAAAGUUAAUGUUUCAAAUGUAAAUAAAGAUUCAAGAAGAAAACCUUCAUCAUCUUCUCCAUCAUCAAGUCAUUCAUCAUCAAAAAGACGAUCAUCCACAUCAUCAAGUCGUUCUUCAUCAUCCAGAAGCAGCAGCAAUAGAAAGAAACUCCCAGAAAUUACAAUGGAGGAAAAAACUAAAUUGGGUUCAGAGAUUACACAAUUACCUGUUGAAUAUUUACCAAAGAUUCUUCAAAUUAUACAUAAUACCAAUUCACUUCCAGAUCAUGAUCCAAACGAAGAGGUUGAAAUUGAUUUAAAUAAUUUCGAUGAUGAUACUCUCAGAAGAUUAAAUAGAUUUGUAGAACAAUUCAAGAGUGGUGAACUCCCACCUCCAUCCGCUUUGCCAUCAUCUGCUCCUUCAUCAAGUCAUAGUCACAGCAGCAGCCAUAGCCAUGGUAGUAAUCACGAUCAACAAAGAGAGAUUGAGAAUCUCGAGAAACAACUUGAGCGUUUGAAAAAGAAUUCAAGAGGUGGUAGUUCAUCACAUCACAGUAAAAGACAAGUUUCAAAACCAAUUUCAAAAGCUAGAGGUAGAAAAGUUGUUUUAUCAACUCCAACAUUAUCUGGUAGUUCAAAUAAUCUUAAUGCUCUAAAGAGAGAGGAGGAUGUUGUUAUUGAUGAUAUCGAAGAGGCUCUCAGAAAGGAUUAUCCAAACUCAAUAUCUGAAAAAGACCCUGAAACUGAUGCUUCAAGUGAUAGUGACAGCGACAGCAGUGACAGUGAUAGUGGUUCAUCCGAUUCCAGUAGUUCUUAUUCUGAAUCUGAUUUUAGUGAUAGUGAAGAUGAUCGUAAACAUAAAAAUAAUAAUUUUAAUAAUAAUAACAAUAAUAAUGGUUCAUUAUCCACAACAACAACAACCACUACCACAACCACAACAACUAAUACAACAAAUACAACUACCCAACCAUCACCAUCACAACCAUCAACCACCCUAAAUAUUGAUAUCAUUAAGCCACCAACUAUUCUUCAAACUGUAAAAAAACCAGCUAUUCCAGUUGCCUCAAAUGUUGCCUCAUGGAGUUUUGAUAAUAAAGAAACAAAUACACCAUCAUUAACAAGCAGUACUAAUAAUAUUGGUAAUAGUAAUCAACCACACUCAUCUUCACCAAUUUCAUCAUCAACCCACGUUUCAUUUUCCUCAUCAUCAUCGACUCCUCCAUCGAGCACAUUAUCACCACCAUCACCAGGUCUCCCAAACUCCCCAUCUAUAAAUUCGCCCGCAUCUCCUAAUACCAAUGCAACAGCAGCCACUGUUAGUGACUCAACAUGGAAUCACUAUAAAAAUAGAAAUAUUACCUUAAAACAAAAAGAAAAAGAAAGAAUUGUUCAAGAAGAAAUAUUAAGAAAAGAAAGGGAGGAAAAAGAAGAGGAGCUCAGAAAAGAAGAGGAAAAGAGAAGAAUUGAAUAUGAAGAACAAAGAAAAUUAGCAAAAGAAAAAGAAGAAAGAGAUGCUGAAGAAGCUAGAAAGGUAAUUGAAGCUGAAAGAACUGCUGCUAGAGAAGCAAGAGAAAGAGAAAAGCUUAAUAACUCUAAGGGAAAUAUGUCAUUCCAAUAUCAAAUGGAUGUAAUGGCUAAUUUUGAAAAUAAUAUAGACUCGACACCACUUUUAAAUCUUCAACUCAAACCAAUUGAAGAUACAUUGUAA